GCGAGGGCGGGGAGCGGCGCGGAAGCCGGGCCACAUAAAGGAGCGGGCGGCGCGACGCGGGAGGCUCUUUCCUGGGUGGGGUUUGUGAAGUCGUGGCCCGUUAGCAGGAAGCCGAGCAGUCGCCCUGACGCUAGGAGAGACCCAAUCCGAGCCCCUGGCUCCCGAGUCCGAGCCGUGUGCACCGUGCUCAGCGCUGCCCGACAGUUCCUAGCCAAACUUCGCCAACUUCGCUGCCUUUGCCGCCACCAUGCCUAAGACGAUCAGUGUACGUGUGACCACCAUGGAUGCAGAGCUGGAAUUUGCCAUUCAGCCCAAUACCACUGGCAAGCAGCUGUUUGACCAGGUGGUGAAAACCAUUGGCCUGAGGGAAGUUUGGUUCUUUGGUCUGCAGUAUCAAGACACUAAAGGUUUCUCUACCUGGCUGAAACUCAAUAAGAAGGUGACUGCCCAGGAUGUACGGAAGGAAAGCCCACUGCUCUUCAAAUUCCGGGCCAAGUUCUACCCUGAGGAUGUAUCUGAGGAAUUGAUCCAGGACAUCACCCAGCGCCUAUUCUUUCUGCAAGUGAAAGAGGGCAUUCUCAAUGAUGAUAUUUACUGUCCGCCUGAGACAGCUGUGCUGCUGGCCUCCUAUGCUGUCCAGUCCAAGUAUGGCGACUUCAAUAAAGAGGUGCACAAGUCUGGCUACCUGGCUGGAGACAAGUUGCUGCCACAGAGAGUCCUGGAGCAGCACAAACUCAAUAAGGACCAGUGGGAGGAGCGGAUUCAAGUGUGGCAUGAGGAACACCGGGGCAUGCUCAGGGAAGAUGCUGUCCUGGAAUAUCUGAAGAUUGCUCAAGAUCUGGAGAUGUAUGGUGUGAACUACUUUAGCAUCAAAAACAAGAAAGGCUCAGAGCUGUGGCUUGGAGUAGAUGCCCUGGGUCUCAACAUUUAUGAGCAAAAUGACAGACUGACUCCCAAGAUAGGCUUCCCCUGGAGUGAAAUCAGAAACAUCUCUUUCAAUGAUAAGAAAUUUGUCAUAAAGCCCAUUGACAAAAAAGCCCCGGACUUCGUCUUCUAUGCUCCCCGGCUGCGGAUUAACAAGCGUAUCUUGGCCCUGUGCAUGGGGAACCAUGAGCUGUACAUGCGCCGUCGCAAGCCUGACACCAUUGAGGUGCAGCAGAUGAAGGCACAGGCCCGGGAGGAGAAGCACCAGAAGCAGAUGGAGCGUGCUCUACUAGAAAAUGAGAAGAAGAAACGUGAGAUGGCAGAAAAGGAAAAGGAGAAGAUUGAACGGGAGAAGGAGGAACUGAUGGAGAGGCUGAAGCAGAUUGAGGAACAAACUAAGAAGGCUCAGCAAGAACUGGAAGAACAGACCCGUAGGGCCCUGGAACUUGAGCAAGAACGGAAGCGUGCCCAGAGUGAGGCUGAAAAGCUGGCCAAGGAGCGUCAAGAAGCUGAAGAGGCCAAGGAGGCCUUGCUGCAGGCCUCCCGGGACCAGAAAAAGACUCAGGAACAACUGGCCUUGGAAAUGGCGGAACUGACAGCUCGGAUCUCCCAGCUGGAGAUGGCCCGACAGAAGAAGGAAAGUGAGGCUGUGGAGUGGCAGCAAAAGGCCCAGAUGGUACAGGAAGACUUGGAGAAGACCCGUGCCGAACUGAAGACUGCCAUGAGUACUCCUCAUGUGGCAGAACCUGCUGAGAAUGAGCAGGAUGAACAGGAUGAGAAUGGAGCAGAGGCCAGUGCUGACUUGCGUGCUGAUGCUAUGGCCAAGGACCGCAGUGAGGAGGAACGCACUACUGAAGCAGAGAAGAAUGAACGUGUGCAGAAGCACCUGAAGGCCCUCACUUCAGAGCUGGCCAAUGCCCGAGAUGAGUCUAAGAAGACUGCCAAUGACAUGAUCCAUGCUGAGAACAUGCGACUGGGCCGAGACAAAUACAAGACCCUGCGCCAGAUCCGGCAGGGCAACACAAAGCAGCGUAUUGAUGAGUUUGAGUCCAUGUAAUGGGCAUCCAGCCUUUAGGGACCCCUUCUCCCUUCUUCCUUACUCCCACACUCUUGCACCCUGACCUAACUCAUGCUGUGCUGGAGCCACUAACUAGAGCAUCCCUGGAGUCAUGCCAAGCAUUCAGUGCAGCCAUGGGACCAAACCUAGCUCCUUACUUCCCACUCACUUUCCUGGGCAAAUAAAUGGCUCAUUAUGGUGCCAAUGGGACCCACUUUCCUUUUUCUGUCCCAUUUAAUCUCUCUUGCUAGAAUAUACCUCUUAGCUUAGAGGCACUUCCCACUUGAUUUGGCAAAAACCCCCAAACUAAACUGUUGUCCUAUGGGAGUCAAGUAUGGAGUAAGUUGAAAACUAGCUAUCCUUCCCUGCCCCACGACUGCCUUCCCCUUUAGGGUCCUGUGAUUUGCAGGACUGGAGUAUCACAGGGUUUAGGGAAAGAGGCAGGGCCCUGAUAAUCUGCUCUAGGAUUUGACCUCUCAAUGCCCACCCCUUUUAGCAUUAUUUAGGCUUUGUAAUGAUUGGAAGAUAAAGAGACGUUCACUCAUUCUUGUUUCUACCUCCCAGAUUGGGCCUGUUACAAACUCAGUCCCAAUAGCCUUGUCCCUGAGUUUAGGGACUCAGUUUCUCCCCAGGGUAAGAUGGGGGAGACAGUGCCUUCAAGAGGCUUCACCAACAUACUAGCAGGGCAUUGCCCUUUUAUUCUGGCAAGGCUGAGUAGAAGAUCCUGCCCCAAUGCCUUAUGGGAGCCUAUGCCUGUCUCAAGUGAGCUCUGUGGGCAGAGGUACCCCUUACAUAUUAUUCCAGGUCCCUGGUCCCUUCUUGGGAUCUGCUCCUACCCCUCCAAUCCCCAAAUCCCCUCCAGCUAGGACAGUAGGGAUAAGUACUCAAAAGCUCAACCAGCCUCAUCAGGACUCUUGCCAAAAGGGAGGAAAUGUUCACACCUGGCUUCAGUAUUUUCCCUGCCAGGAGUUUUAGGUCACUUCCCUCAUCAGAGCUACUUGGGUUACAGUUCCUGCUUCGUAGUCAUCUGGGCCUUGGUGUGGUGAGCCUUAAAGCUCGAUGCCAGUAGGCUCAAUUGAGGAGUAAGUGGAAGAAGCUGAGUGUGGUGAGAGAAACCUGUGUCCCUGACUUCACAGUUUACUCAACCCUCUCAGGUUCCCAGUAGUUCUUUCCCAUUACCCCUUCCAGUGUGAUGACUGGGCCCUGCCUCUGUUUGACAAAUCUCUGACCCAGGUCUUGCUACCAGCUGUGCUGUCUCUUGAAGCUAUAAACCAGAGAGCUGCUGGGACUUCUGGCCUGGUCCCUUCCACAUGCCCACCCCUUCCUCUCAACCCAGGAGCAGCCUUCUCCACCCCUCUGUCUCAUGUGUGCUCUUUUUCUUUCUACCAGGAUUAUGUAUUCUAGUGAUAUCUAACUCAGUAUUGAUUUCUGCCUUUCUUGCUAAUGCACCAUUAGAAGAUAUUAGUCUCAGGGCAGGAUCACUUUGGCCUCAUUCCUUUACCACCCUCAUACCUGAGAAGCAUAUACUAUAUUACAAAAAGAUAUUUUGCCAUAAAUAUUAAUGUAAGAAGCUUUCAGUAUUAGUGAUGUCAUCUGUCACUAUAGGUCAUACAAUCCACUCUUAAUAGUUGGUUUUAUUGUUCUUGUUUGCCUUCUCCCCAGGGUUCAGUCCCCAAGGGGCCAUUCUGUCCCUUCAUGCAGUGCCCCCUAGCCCACAGCCUCCAUCAAUCCCCCUUUCCGCCCACUCCCCUACCCUACACCUGACCUUGUGGAGUCUUGUGUGCAUUGCUGUAAAUUGUAUUGACACUUACUUGGUGAUAUGCCUUAUAUUGACUAAAUUCAAACCUGGAAUUGUGGGGCAAUCUAGCUGCCUUAAGGGCAGUAACUCACCCUUAGGGAGGCUGGGAAUAGAGGUUAGAAUUUGUAUUCAAUUUUUUUGUGUAUUUUUUGUUUUUUUUUAAAUUGGUUUUGGAGGAGUUUAUGCUCAACCCAUGUUCUAUUUCAGUGCCAAUAAAAUUUAGGAAGACUUCA